AUGACUCUAUCUUGCGGCGCGACGUGGAUGGCGGUGCCUCUGCGUGCGUUGUGCGGCGGGCUUCUCUUUUCCAUGUCUUUGCCCUGUUGUGUGAAAGGUUGUGGGAGAGGAUAUGUGUGGGAGACUGAGCGUGGGUGGGUGUCAGCCUCGCCCAGCGCAUUGGGGGCUUCCAUACAUGUGGAUUUGCUUGACGGCGUUUCGCGGCACCCAGGGUGUAGCGAGGAGGAGGAUGGGGAGGGUCUGUUGUGGGCAGAAGGUGGAUGGACAGGACAGUCCCCUUCCGUGUCCUUCCCUGUGUCGUUGGCAGUACUUACUGAGAGCGUAAAUUUGAGCGAGUGCGGGAUGAAGGGUUUAUGCCGCUUUGUGCGUGCUACUCAAUCGUCGUCGUUGCACGCUGUCGUCACGGUGCGUUGUGGUGCGGUGCCGUUAGAUGAGGGAAGGGUGCGAUGCCACGGCCGCUGCGCACCACAACCAUUUAUUGCCUCUGCACCGGCAUUGUUUUGUUUUUUUUUUGCUUCGCGAUGGAUUUGUUGGAGGAGCUUUGGUUUUGGUGGCUGCUUCACGGCGUUUCGCCUUGUGUGUCGGUUGCGGUUUUUCCGCGUGAUGCCAAGGCGUUUGAUGGGGUGCUUACUCUUCUUUUUGAGUCCUGCAGCCAGCCUUGUUUGGCCAUGGCGGGAGCAGUGGGAUCUGCGACUGCGCGCCUGCCGUGCGUGUCUCAUCUUUUGCCGUUGUUCCCUCGCUGUGUUGGUGGGGGAGGAGGCGAGCGACUGCGUCGGUGGAGUCGCGCUCCAGUGGGAGAGGGAAGGCACCGACCGCUGCUGA